GGUACUGGUACAAUUACAAAGGUUUGAGGUUAGAUACGAAAUUUAGUACGAAUUUAUGAAAGUUGAAAAUUACUGUUCAUCAUACCAUUGACUGAUUGAAAGUUGUAUCUUUCUUUUCAACAAAAACAAAGAUUUUAUUGACAGCUGAUCAUGUCGGAUGACGGGUGGAAUUCGGAGCCGGAGGAACGCACGCCUGUCCAGCAAUCCUCCUUCAAUAGGUCAGACGACAACAAUUACGGCGAACAGAAAUCACGCAACUUUGGCGAGCGUACAUUCAGCCGAGGCGGAGGUAGGGGCGGUGAUCGCGGUAGGGGUGGGAGAGGAGGGUUCAGUGAUAGGGGCGGUGGCGGAGGUAGAGGGGGUUUCGGUGAUAGGGGAGGGGGUGGAAGAGGGGGAUUCGGUGAUAGAGGAGGUAGAGGUAGAGGGGGUGGAAGAGGAGGAGACAGUGACAGACCUUGGAGAGGAGGGGAGUCGGGAGGUGGAAGAGGGGGUGGAUUUGGCGGCGAUAGAGGACAGGGGGGUGGUGGGGGUGGAUUUGGCUCGGAAGGGGAUGCAACAGUGCUGCAGGUGCCAUCAAACUGUGUGGGAAAGAUUAUUGGCAAGGGUGGUUCUCGUAUAAGGGACUUGGAAGCUGAUAGUGGAGCCAGUAUUAAGGUUAACUCGAAUGACUCUGGCCCCACAGCAGAUGUCACAUUGAGAGGAAGCGCAGAGGCGGUUGCGCGUGCCAAAGAAAUGAUCGAGGAGAUCACCAGCUCACAGAGUAACAGCAGCUCUUAUGGAUCUUCUUCCAACAAUUACUCCAACCCGUAUGGAUCUUCGUCCAAUAGCUAUCAAAAUAGUGACGAACCUUCACCAAUAAUUGAUUGGGAUAAGAUAAACCAAGACUAUGAAGAGGCACAGAAGAAAAAAUUUGCAAAUUUACCCCCGUUAAAGAAGGAUUUUUAUAAAGAGCACCCAAAAGUUACUGCUCUGACAAAGGAGCAAGUGGCAGUUAUAAGGAAAGAGAACAACCACAUCACAGUUUCGUGGGCGAAAGUGGGAUGGAAAGAGGACGAGCCGGUGACAAACGUACCGAUUGACGACAUCCCGAAGCCGGUGACGACAUUCGAGGAGGCCUUCCACAACUACCCGGGCAUCCUCGAGCAGAUCCGCAACCAGGGCUUUGAGAAGCCAUCGCCCAUCCAGUGCCAGGCCUGGCCCAUUCUCUUGCGCGGCUACGAUCUCAUUGGCAUUGCGCAGACUGGAACAGGAAAGACUCUGGCAUUUCUGCUGCCAGCUUUGGUUCACACCGAUGGUCAACCCGUGCCCCGUGAGGAGAGGGGAGGCCCCAACGUGCUCGUGCUCGCGCCUACGCGUGAGCUAGCUCUGCAGAUUGAGAGUGAAGUCAAAAAAUACCACUACAAGGGUAUCAGAUGUGUUUGCGUUUAUGGAGGUGGAAGUAGACGCGAUCAAGUAAACCUGGUGAAGCAAGGCGUGGAAAUAGUUAUCGCUACACCUGGACGACUCAUGGACCUUGUUCAGGAUGAUGUUCUGGAUGUAUCCGCUGUAACCUAUCUGAUUCUGGACGAAGCAGACAGAAUGCUUGACAUGGGAUUUGAGCCACAAAUAAGGAAGUCUCUACUCCAUGUGAGACCUGACAGACAGACUGUCAUGACAAGCGCAACUUGGCCAUUGGGCGUGCGUAUGCUUGCGAAGACCUACAUGAAGGACCCUGUGUCGGUGCAUGUCGGCUCACUCGAUCUGACGGCCACUCACACGGUCGAGCAAGUGAUCGAGAUCAUGACCGAGGAGGAGAAGGAGGAAGCGCUGAUGAGUCUGGUCGCCAACAUGCAACCCGACGACAAGAUGAUUGUCUUUGUCGGCAAGAAGGUGCGCGCCGAUGCGCUCUCCACCGAUAUGGCGCUCAGAGGAGUGGACUGCGACUGCAUCCACGGCGACCGUGAGCAGUCGGACCGCGAGCAGGCACUGGCCGCGCUGAAGAGCGGCAGCGUGCGCAUCCUGAUCGCCACCGACGUGGCGUCGCGGGGCAUCGACAUCCCCGACGUGACGCACGUCGUCAACCUGGACUUCCCACGCUGCAUCGAGGAGUACGUGCACCGGGUGGGCAGGACGGGGCGGGCGGGCCGUGAGGGACAGGCCAUCUCGUUUGUCACGCGACAAGAUUGGGGACAGGCCAGGGAGCUUAUCACCAUACUCGAGGAGGCGGGACAGGUGGUUCCAGAGGAGCUGGAACAAAUGGCUGAGAGAUUUGCUGCGAUGAAGCAGCAGCGCUCCGAAGGUGGCGGUGGAGGGGGUGGAUUCCGAGGGAGACGUGGAGGCGGAGGUGGAUACGGAGGAGGCGGUGGAGGUGGAUACGGAGGAGGCCGCGGUAGAGGAGGCGGUGGUAGAGGUGGUUUUAGAGGCUCUAGGCGAGGGGGAGAUAAUUGGUAAAGCCGACGACUAAGCAUUCACAUUAUUCCUGCUUCUGUGAUAA